AUGUCUGAUUCCCAAGACAAUAGUUAUCGCUACGAGUCUAUAACUAUCAGCGGCGAAGCACGGGCACAUCUUGGCGAUGUAUACCCGUCACACCCUGUGAUUAGAGAUGGCGACAGCCAUAAUUACCCCAGAACGGAUGUCCGUGGUGGUUUCGUGAUUCAGGGGAACAACUAUGGCACCAUGCAGUUGCCUCAACCCGAAUAUGACAAGCCGCUACCCGCACGAGUGCUCGAAAAGUUGAGCAAGCUCAAUUCGCGAAGCACCACAUUAUUUUUCUUUUUCUCGGCGAAUGACCCCGGUCGUCAAAAUCAUCAGUCAAUGAUCAGAGCACUAUUGUCUCAAUUGUACCAGAGCUCAGGCAUUCCGCAGUCUUUGCUAGAACUUUAUAAGCGGUACUCGUCUCAGUCCGAUUGUGGUCCAUCCAUUACUGCAGAACUGAGCAAUAUUUUUGUGGAGUUUCUGAUGAAUCUGAAAGAGCCCCUGUACCUUGUGCUAGAUGGCUUGGAUGAGGUCGGAUAUGGUCCUCAACGAGCGGAAGUUGUGCAACUAACUCAGCAGCUUGUCGCUCUGCGUCAGCCUCAACUGCAUAUCUUCCUCACUAGCCGUAGCGAGGCAGACAUCUUGGGCUACUUCGAGGAGUCUGAAGGUUGGAUAUCCUUACCUGCUGACCACUAUAAGAUCUCUGGGGACAUAAAAAUUUAUGUCGAACAAGAGCUUUGCAGAUAUCCGGACCUCAAACGACUUCCCUCCAACACGAAAGAAAUGAUUCGCAAGCGCUUGUGUCGACGUGACAACAUUAUGUUUCAGUGGACUGUCUUACAGCUGGACCGCAUCAAAUUCAUGCGUGGAAUCACCAGUCGAAAAGUGCAGAAUUUGCUGCAUGACCUGCCAGCAAGCUUGGACGAGACGUAUACAAAGAUCCUGCAGAGUAUUCCCCAAGAAGAUCGUUCACAUGCUUUGAUGACCCUCAAGUGUUUGAUUCUAGCUAGAAGGCCAUUGAAAGCAGAAGAACUGCAAGAUCUUGUGAACUUCUCAACAAAGACAGAUCGGCCUCAUGAUCACUAUGAGUCACUCGGACUCAUGGACAUCUUUUGUCUUCUACCAAGCAUGAUACUUCUCGAUCCCUGGCCUAGGUCCGGUAUACUGGAAGAAUUGCCUAAAGGGCAGCACACUGUGUUACUCGGUCACUUUUCUGUACAAGAAUUUCUUACUGGGAACAACAUCAGACGCUCAAGUGUGCCACACUUUUUAAUCGAACCAGGGGAUUCUCAUAAACAACUAUCUUUGAUCUGUAUCCGCUAUCUCAUGGCCAAUAACACCUUGGAAAAACGAAACCAAAGAUAUCGUCUUAGAGAGUAUGCUUGGGAGUAUUGGAGUGAUCAUGCGAUAUUGAAGGAGAUCAAUUCCACGUAUGACGAGGUUAUUGCAGCACGUCUCUUGUUCUCCAAAGUUUCUUAUUACUCUUUGCUCGAGAGUAUCCCAGUGGCAAUCCUACAGGACUUCUCUACGGACGAAUUGCGUCUCGUGCAACGAUCUCUCCAAAAGCCAUAUUUUCGCAGAGGCUUCAUCAACUAUCCAGGUUGCUCUUUUCCGUUACCAAUAGACGAUGUAGUCGUGCAGGAUCUACUGCUGAAGAACCGCCUGCAACAGCUGUUGGCAUCGGAUGGUGUAUCGUCUUCGACAAUGGAGACUUGUUCAUCAAUUGAAGUUCAGCGUACCAUCCUUGCCCCACUGAAAACAGCACGAAAUUCGUAUGAAACGUGGUCAACCGUGCCCAUAUUGGUCGAUAGUACAAAGGGCAUCUCGGAUAACUUGGACUUUCGUGUUACAUGGGAAUUCCAAGAGCCUGUCAGGAUGAUCUUCACCAUUACCGAUGCGGAGUUGUCUCACGUCCACGAGAUAGACCACCAAAGUGUUAUGCGAAUCAACUCUGUUCCAAUCAAGGUUUCUCCCAUACUCUUGCGAUAUCUGCAUCAGCAAGCACGUUCUGGUGCCAGAUACUUGUGGGCCGACGAGAUAUGCCUGCCACUUUCGCGCCGGCUAGAGGUGACAGCAUCACAAUCGACAAUAGGUAGACUGCAGGAUAUACACGAUCCCAUCCUUGAUGCUACAUCCCCUCACCAAAUCGAUGAACGUCAUAUCAGAAAUUCGAUAUCAAGAGCCGCCAUUAUUACGCUGCUAUGUGGUGAGCUGUCCUGCAAUCUAUCAGCAUACAAGGCUGCCUGCUAUUCACUCAGCUCUAGAGGUUCAGCAGCCGACAAAGACUAUGACACAGAAUCCGCUUGGCUGGCCAAAACUCUCCAACUACACGGUUUCGAGGUUGCAGAGUACGUCUUCCUAUGCAGAACGAUUUUACACCGCCUUGCCACGUUCUCUGAGGCGCUAGCGGAAUUUUCGAGAGACCAUAUGGUAAUGGAGCUUGGUAGUAGUGUCUGGGUCUUCUACGAUUCGUUUGUUCGGAUCUGCGAUGUUCUUAAUUUUUUGCAGUCGGACUGGGCUGAGGGUGCACCCCAUCAUGCCCUUGUCUCUCGCGCUCUCGGUCGUCCUUCUUGUGCUUGA